AUUUUUUCCUAUUUCCAUUUUCACGUUUUUAGGAUCCCGCGAAUCAAAAGGCCGUAGAAGAGCAAGAAAUAUCUUCAAUAAAAAGGUUUCCCAAACGUCCUACGGAGGCCACGGAGAAGAGAUUUCGUUCUCCAUUUGGGAAAACCACAGAGAACUCGACGGGAGCUGGAUUUGGGAGGACGGAGCGGGAGAUCGAUCGACGGAGCAUCCAUCCAUCCAUCCACCAUGGCCAAGAAGGCUGGUGCGGAGAGGGACGCGGCGGCGGAGAGCUGUGCCCAAAAGAAGGCUAGGAUCGAGUACGAGGCCAAGGCUGCGGCGUCGAAGAUCACCGUCAACUUAGACCACAAGUUGCUGGAGUGCUCCGCUUGCUGCAGCCCGUUGGCUCCACCCCUUUUCCAGUGCACAAAUGGCCACAUCGCAUGCUCAGAGUGCCGCACCAAUGCGGAGUACAGUUGCAGCUUCUGUGCCGAGCCGGCCAACACCCGCUGCGACAUCAUGGAGCGCGUACUUGGCGGCAUGACAGCGCCGUGCUCGUUCCGGGAGUUUGGCUGCUCCGCGACGAUCCCGUUCACGAAGAAGCUGACCCAGGAAGAGUCCUGCCUUCAUGCCCCGUGCCACUGCCCCAUCCCCUACUGCCGCCUCUACGCCAACCGUGGCCAGUGCCUGCGCGAGCACAUCGAGACGAAGCACUGCUUGGUCCCAUACGGGGAUGCCACAGCCGGCAGCCUUUCCCCUGUGAGGGUGUGCGACAGUGAGCCGGCGCGCCUGGUGUUCCUGGACGCCAGGGCGGUGUUCCUGCUGGUGGUUGAGCGGAGCGGGCCGUCGGGGCGUGCCGUGUCGGUGGUCCAGCUCGUCAGCGAGCCAGUGAAGGAGGAGGAGGAGAAGGAUUUCAAGUACAAGAUCCAGGUGCAUACGCGAGCAGGCGUCCUCUCUCUGUCCGGCGAGACGCAGAGCGUCGGGCGACUGAUGAGGCCUUACCAGGCAGCCGCGUCGCUGUUCGUCUCGGAUGACGUGUGGUCUCCCCAGGAUUCUCCGGUGUACCUCGAGUUUAAAUGAAUCUGGAUAAGCUGUAUGCCGUUCAGUUGGCAAACCUAUCCCAUCUGGUAGGAGAAUUCAGAGACUCCAUUCUGUUUGUGCUCUUGUCAGCUGUGCCCUUCUGGUUGCUGCGAUUAUCUUAUCUCUGUUGUUUUUCGAACAUUCAGAUGUUCAGUGUUCUUGUCAGCUUUUGAACCUGAACAGUGAGUUCGUUCUACAAAAUGGGUAGUGUUACUGAACAAGAAUGUAGGCAGCUGUUCUGAAUUUACUCAAAACUUGUCUGGAAAAAAAUCGAUGCUAAAAGAUGCUUCAAGAAGUAGUCCUUUUUUAGGAUUGAUUUUUUUGUUUUGUUUUUCGGCAAGACCUCCAUGAUACUGCUACCUUCAUAGAGUAGUGAAAGCUAAUCCUUGGACAGUGCAGAUUUGUGAGGUGUUUGGUUCCAUGAGCACUUCUUUUUAUCCAA